CAGUUACUAUGGGCAGUGUGUGAAUCUACCGUUUGGUUAGUGUAAAGCUCUGUUGCUGUAACUGUGUCACUAGGAGUCACCACAAGAGGGAGGGACUUAGCAGAAGGACAAUACGGGUGUUUGUGCAAUGGCCCCUGAGUGGCGGCUGGCUCUCUCGGAUUGCUUUCGCUUGACUACGGUUGCUGCACACAUUGUUGCAAUGAAAGGAAAGUGGACAGCUACAUCCAUUUUGUGAGCUAUUUAAAAGGUGGAGGGCUGUGAAUGGAGCAGAGCUGAAAGAAGAUUUCAAAGAGAGGCUCAGUGAAAGGCAUGUGCAGAAUGUGACUGGGCACCAGAAAGAAAGAGUGAGAGAAGUGGAGAGAGGAUUAGAGGAAAAAAGAGGAGGAUGCAGUCGAAGAGGAAAAGAGGUUGAGAUAUAAACAUCAAGACCGCAAAAAGGCGAUCGAUAAAAAAAUGAUUGCAGUGGUGCACCAGAGAUAAAACAUAGACAGAUAGUGAAUAUACGACAUUCUUUUGAUGGUUGAUGUCAAUGUCCGUAAAAGUGAGCUGGUAAGCCCCUCAUCUUUCAGCUUGGUCCUUCAAGCAGUAUGACCUGUACUCUCAUAUAUAAGGCAGCACAAAGACCAGACAACGCUCCAGUUCUAGGGGUAGGUGGGCCUCGGUGGUGACGCUUUGAAUUGAACUUGUGUGAGGAGGAAAAUUGCAGUUGUGAAUCCUAAAGCAGAGGAAGAGACCACUCAACCCUCCUGUCAGAAUGACUGACUAUAAAGUCAGCCUUCCUGCUAAGCUGAUUAAUGGGGGAGUGGCAGGUCUAGUGGGCGUGACCUGUGUUUUUCCUAUUGAUCUUGCCAAGACUCGCCUCCAAAACCAGCAGGGGGCCCGUGUCUAUAGUGGGAUGCUGGACUGUUUGGUGAAGACGGUCAGGACUGAGGGUUACUUUGGGAUGUAUCGAGGUGCAGCAGUGAAUCUCACCCUUGUAACUCCAGAGAAGGCCAUCAAACUUGCAGCAAAUGACAUCUUCAGGCAGAAGCUUUCUAAAGAUGGGAAGCUGCCCCUUUGGGGGGAGAUGCUGGCUGGAUGUGGGGCAGGAACCUGCCAGGUGGUGGUGACCACACCCAUGGAGAUGCUGAAGAUCCAGUUGCAGGAUGCAGGCAGGUUGGCUGCACAGAAGUCGACCACAACACCUACUGCCACUCCAGAGCCUGCUCCCUCAUUGGUGGGCCCACAGGCCUCUGGUCCGACCCCGGGGCCACGGUCCUCUGCCACCAGCAUCACCAUCAAGCUUCUGAGGACUCAAGGCUUGGCUGGGCUUUACAGAGGAGCAGGGGCCACUCUACUCAGGUGCAGUCUUUUAAAGUCUUAG